UGUACUUGUACACGUCCAACGCACCCUCGUCCAGCCGUCAAAUAUGUUCCGCUGGCGGCCAUUGCAGACGCCUCUCCAAGCCUUCGACCGAUCCUUCCAAUGGCAGCCUCGGAUUUUGCAUCGUACAGUCCAGCACCGCUGGUAUAGAUUCGGAGGUCCGCACCGCGGUCCCCAAUAUCGCUACUUCAGGCAGCAUGCCGGCCAGCGCAUCACCAACUGGAUCCAGGGUCCCACAUUCUUCCGAGAUGCGACGUUGAUAAGUCUGGGAGCUGGCGGGAUCUACUUGUGGAAUCUUGAGGAAGUUCCCAUCUCAGGUCGUCGCCGAUUCAACAUCAUCAGCCCCGGUUUCGAAGCCUACAUUGCGCAGAAGACGAUGAAGGAGAUUAUGCAAGAGUACCGAGGACGGUUCCUGCCCGAGUGGGAUCCGCGCGUGCAGCAGGUGCGGAGGGUGCUGUAUCGGUUGUUGCCGUACGUUCGCGAUGCCGGGGGCUUGCAGGAUGUGGAUUGGGAGGUGCAUGUCAUUGACAGCCCGGAGAUGAAUGCUUUUGUGAUUCCUGGGGGCAAAGUCUUCUUCUUCACGGGGAUACUACCAAUGUGCAGGACCGAGGACGGCAUCGCUGCCGUCAUGGCGCACGAGAUUGCGCACGUGGUUGCGCAUCAUACGGCGGAGAAGCUGAGCCGGGCUCCCUUUAUUCUCAUGGGAGUGCUGCUGUUGUACAUGGUGGAUGUAUCGUUUACGAUGGGAACCGCGUUGAUGAACCUCUUCCUUGAGUAUCCGGGGAGUAGAAAGCAAGAGGAGGAAGCCGACUUCAUUGGAUUGCUAAUGAUGGCAGAAGGCUGCUACCGCCCCGAAGCCGCCGCCGAACUCUGGGCCCGCAUGGACCGCCUGGAAGCCGCGCGCGGCGAGCGGACGCCGGAGAUCCUAACCACGCAUCCCUCGCAUGGACGUCGCGAGGCGAAGAUCCGGGAGUGGUUGCCGAAGGCGUACGAGAAGAGGGAGCAUUCGGACUGUGGGAAUAUCAUGGGGUUUGUCCGAAGACGAAAACGACUACUGCAUCAUUUACAAUUGCGUCUUGUCUUUUUGCUUUGA